GGCAAUCCCAAAAUCCAUAAUUCUCAAGAGUCAUUGAUCUCUUGCUCCGUUAUGUGUUCUGCGUACGAGGUACCUUGCUAAAUCAAUAGGCGUUCUCAUCAAUACGCUAGUUUAUGCAUACUCGAUGUCGUAUCUGUCGCCCCUCACUUGCAAUUCCAUAAGCUCACACAUUGAAUACUAACACAAUUGCGCCUAAACUCACCACAUCUAGGAUAAUCAAUCCCACGUCCUUCAACAAUGCCUGAGCCCUCCCCUCCGUCCGCCCCUAGCACCCUCAUCGUCGGCGCAGGAAUCCUAGGAACCUCCACAGCCUACCACCUCUCGCUCUCGCACCCCGACCCCUCCAAGAUCACCGUACUCGACCGCACCCCAUUCCCUCCCAGCCAUGCCGCUUCCACCGACAUCAACAAGAUCGUUCGCGCCGACUACACAUCGCGAUUCUACAUGGACCUCGCGUACGAAGCCCUCGACGCAUGGAAGACCUGGCCCGUUCUGCAGAACGAGGAAGGCGAGAGGUUCUUCCAUGAGAGCGGGUGGAUCAUGUUGAAUAAUCGGGGCAACGAUCUUGCGGAACGGAUACGGAAGAACUUUCGGGAGAGAGGGAGCGAUGUUACGAGUGAUGUUGCGUUGGAUCAGGCGCUGAGAGAGAGGUGGGACGGGCUGUUGACGGGAACGCAGUUGGAGGGGUUUGAUACUGGCUACUGGAAUCCGAAUGCUGGAUGGGCGGAUGCGAGUGAUGCUGUAGCGGCGAUGUUGCAGGAUGCGUUGAAGAGAGGUGUUCGCUAUGAGACGGGGGAUGUGGAUGGGCUUGUUCGAGGGGCUGGUGGAGUUCACGGUGUAAAGACCAAGAGCGGGCGUGUAUAUGAAGCAGACAAGAUCCUGUUGGCAACAGGAGCUUGGACUAGUCAGCUCUUGUCGCCGGUGGAAGAUGAAUUGAACAUUGCAGACGACGAUCGAGUCGAGAAGCAGGUUACAGCAGCUGGUGUCUGUGUCGUGCAUUAUAAGUUGAACGAGGCGGAAUACGCCAGGGUCAAGGACGUUCCCGUCGUUAUAUAUGGCGAUCGUGGGGAGAUAUUACCGCCUCCUCGUGGAAGCUCGCUCCUUAAGUUCACGAAUUCAGAUUCUUUCACGAAUACAAUCAUCACGAAAACUGGACGUAAGAUCUCGGCUCCACCAGACCACGAUCAGUCUAUUGUAUCCGACCGAUUGAAGCAAGAAACAUUGGACGAGAUGGUAUCUACCACCUUACCCGAAUUCACUACCAGAACUGUAGAUUAUUGGAGGAUAUGCUGGGACGCUAUCUCGCCAUCGCAAGAUCAAUUGCUCACAAGGCAUCCCCACCCCGAGCUCCGUAAUUUGUAUCUUGCAGUCGGUGGAAGUUUUCAUAGCUGGAAGUUCCUCCCAACAAUAGGGAAAUACGUUGUAAAUGUCCUCAAUGGACAGUCCAAUGGUGAAGAGAAGGAUAGCCAUUGGCAGUGGAAGACUUCAGCUCCGAAAGAAAGAGGUGCCCAUGAAAAGGUCAUUCCAAAGCGGGAACUAAGAGAUUUAGAUUAGUGAGCGCUUGACUGAAUUGAGUACUGCCUCC